AUGACCCACUCAGUGCUCUCCCGUCGUGCACAAAAUGUCGUCGAUGCCGGAUCCGAGAACCCCAUGUGGGAUGUGAUGAAGGAUACAUGGGACGUAUCAUCAAACCCCAAUGGAUACGUCAAUGUGGGCGUAGCAGAAAACACACUGAUGCACCACGAGCUAUUAAAAUUCAUCAACAAGAAACUCGAGCUACCCGCAAAGUAUCUCACGUACAACGACGGCGGAUGUGGCUCUUUCAGAUUAAAGGCCGCCGUCGCCGGCUUUUUGAAUCACCAUAUGAAGCCAGCCACGCCCCUCGAGCCCAGCCAUAUCAUGGCGACCAACGGUGUCUCGUCUGCAGUUGAGCAUGUUGUAUGGUCAUUUGCAGAUCCCGGGGAGGGAAUUCUUCUAGGAAGACCGUACUACGGCACGUUUAUUCCUGAUAUCUCGCUUCGUUCGGGGAGUUGUGUGGUUCCUGUUAGUUUUGGCGAAUGCGAUCCUCUCGGCCUGGAGGGUGUGGAUAAGUACGAAGAAGCAUUGCUGGAGUUCCACCAGAAAACUGGCAAGAAAGUCAAGGCUUUGAUGCUUGCUCAUCCUCAUAAUCCGCUUGGACGCUGCUAUCCUCGAGAAGUGCUCGUCAAGCUGAUGCAGAUGUGUCAGAAAUACCAGGUGCAUUUCAUCAGUGAUGAAAUCUAUGCUCUUUCCGUCUUUGAAAAUACUGUCGAUGAAUACCCCCCACCUGUCAAAUUCGAAUCAGCUCUCUCAAUCGAUCUCGCUGGUAUCAUUGACCCGAGGUUGGUUCAUGUCCUUUGGGGUAUGAGUAAAGACUUUGGCGCAAACGGUAUCAGACUCGGCGUUAUCAUUUCCCAGGCCAAUCGUGAUGUUCAUAUGGCUUUAACUGGGCCCUCGCUUUAUACUUAUGCGUCUGGAAUCACAGACUACUUGACUGCCCUCUUGCUUGAAGACUUCGACUUCACCAAUCGAUAUAUUCAGCAAAAUCAGAAGCUGCUAUCUGAGGCUUAUGCACACACGGCGAACUAUUUGAGAGAACACGGGAUUGAAUAUGCAACAGGAUGCAAUGCUGCAUUCUUCGUCUGGAUGAAUCUCGGAAAGAAAUACCGCGAGCUGCACCCGGAGGAUGAGUGUGAGGUUGUCGGGGAACGAGUCAUGCAGUGCCUUUUGCAAAAGAAGGUCUUCUUAGCUAGCGGCUUUCUAUUCGGGUCAGAAAAGGACGGGUGGUUCCGAAUUGUGUUUACACAGGGCAAUGACUAUUUGAGCGAGGCUUUAGAAAGAAUGAUCGCAGCACUAGAGGAAUAA